GAUUGAUGGGCGCAGCUGCGGCCGCCCGUCCCGGGGGGCCGCCCGCGCCCGCACGCCCACCGGACGGCGCCGGGGAGGAGGGGAGCCGCGCGGGCCCCGCCGCUGCCGAUUUACGAAGGUCAUCAGCAGAGAAAGUACCCAUAGCGAACAAAAAGGCAGUUCCUGAAUUAAACGAGAGACGUGGAGGAGUUGAGUUUUGCACCUCAGCAUCUUCAGAGCAAGCAGGAUGGGGAGCAUUUGAGAGGAACAGGAGGGGCCCAUUCAUUGGAAUGGAGGAGCGCUGGGAAACACAGUGGCAGCACUUCCUCCAGACGCUGCAACCCGUCUGCCCAGGAGAGGGAAGGCCCAAGAUGGUGGACGCUUCUCCCUGGGAAGACCCCAAGGCCUUCUUGGCCUCCUUUGAGCAGGUGGCCACAGCCUGCCACUGGCCCAGAGAACAGUGGGUGGCCUGUCUUCUGCCGGCCCUGAGCGGAGAAGCGGAGGAGGCCUUUCGAAAGCUGGAAAUUGGAGAACGGGAUGACUACGGGAAGGUGAAGGCCGCCAUCUUGAAAGGGGAAGCUGUGAAAAUGGAGGCGCAGCGUCAACGUUUCAGGCAGUUCUGCUGCCAGGAGGUGGAUGAUCCUUGGAAGGUUUACAGGCAAAUCCAGGAGCUUUGCCACCAGUGGCUGAAGCCGGAGAGAUGCACCAAGGAGCAGAUCCUGGAGGUCUUGAUCCUGGAGCAGUUCCUGGCCAGCCUGCCUCCAAAGCUGCAAAGCUGGGUUCAACCAAGGAGGCCGGACACAUGUUCCCAGGCAGUGGCCCUGGUGGAAGAGUUCCUGCGGAGCCAGCAAGGGUCCGAAUCAGAAGCAUGUCAGGGGCCACAAAAUGAAGAACUCACCAAUUUUGAAUGUGCAGAGAAGGAGCCCUUAGAGGCUGUGAAGAGAGAAAAUGUUGAGGUGGAGAUCAGUAUGCUGGGACAUGCAAUCAAAUCCUCAAGGCACCCCAGCCCACUACUUCCUUCCGAAAGAUUUGGGACGGUCCAAACUGCUCUGAGAGAGGAAGUCACAGACUGGAAGGAAAGAGAUGUUUGCUUGCCGGCAGUCAAGUGGAAGCUGCUCCAGCCUGUCCCUAAAAGGAUGGCGUGGGAAGUUCUCCAGUCGGAGCACAGAAGCAUUGACUCUUUAAAGAGCAGAAUGGAAACUGAGAUCAAAGUGGAGAAUUCUGAGCGUAGAGGAAGUGAACCAGGGUUAACACACGGGACAGAUCUACAGCUUAGCUCUGGGGAUCUGCCAGUAAAAGUAGAAAUGGAAGAGGAAGGCUGCAGGCCAAGAGAGCAGCUGCAGAAGGCCCCCAUGGGGUGUGAGAACCAACAUACUUCGCUUCAGCCGGAAUUUACUGCUGCUAUUACUGAAAAGGCCGCUACGUCCAAGGAGGAUAAAAUGCCUGUGUUCUCCCAGUAUGACGGAAGAUACCACUACGGAGUGGAACUGAACGCAGUAUCUUCUACUGAGGGAUUGGAAUGGUGUCCUCAGAGGUCAGACAACAGCUACCAGCAGAGCUCAAACUUGAAUCAAGAGGAGAAAAGCAUCAUAAGUGAGAAAAGCUUUGAAAUCUCUGAGAAUGGAACAGGGAAUAACUUGAACCAUCUUGGAGAAACACGGAAUAGUUCUCCUGAAUAUGGGAAAACCUUUACUAACACAAACUCACUAAGCAGAUUUCCGGUGUGUAAUCCUGAAGAGGAAUGGUAUGAAUGUUCUCACUGUGGGAAGGGCUUCAACAAGGCAAAAUAUUGGAAGCAGCAUCAGAAAAUUCACACCGGGGAGAAACCGUACAAAUGUUCUCAGUGUGGGAAAUGCUUCAAUCAGUCAGGAAAUCUGAAGACUCACCAAAGAAUUCACACCGGGGAGAGACCCUACAAAUGCUCCCAGUGUGGGAAAUGCUUCAGUCACACCAACUGUUUGAAGAUGCAUCAGAGGAUUCAUACUGGGGAGACAUACAAAUGUUCUCAGUGUGGGAAAUGCUUCAGAGAGACAGGAAUUCUGAAGAGGCAUCUAAGAACUCAUACCGGAGAAAGACCAUACACAUGUUCUCAGUGUGGAAAAUGUUUCAGCCUGGCAGGAAUCCUGAAGAGGCAUCAAAGAACUCAUACUGGAGAGAGGCCCUACAAAUGUUCUCAGUGUGGGAAAGGCUUCAAUCGGUUGGGAACUUUGAAGAAGCACCAGCGAAUUCACACGGGAGAGAAGCCUUACAAAUGUUCUCACUGUCAGAAAUGCUUCAAUGAGAGAGGAAAUUUGAAGAGACAUCAGAGAAUCCAUGCUAGAGAGAGCCUUAAUAUCAUACAAGAAUUCAUACUAGAAAGUGACCAUAUAAAUGUUAUCAAGGUGGGAAAGACUUCUACAGGGCAAGAAGUCUGAAGAAGCAUAAAAAACAUACUUGUGGGACGCCUUACAGAUGUUCUCAGUGAGCAAUGUCUAGGAGAUGACUUGAAGUACCACUAAAGAUCUCCACUUCCUUAAGGAAGACUUCUUGGCAA